AUGCUGCGCCAGGUGCUGCAGGCGGGACUGAGGAGCUCCUUCCGCGCACUCGGCCGCUUCGUGGCGAGCCACCCGGUGUUCUUCGCCUCCGCCCCGGUGCUCCUCUCCAUCCUGCUGGGCGCCAGCUUCAGCCGGUACCGGGUGGAGGAGGACGUGGGGGACCUGUUGGCACCCAAACACAGCCUGGCCAAGAUAGAGGGCAACCUGGUGGACAGCCUGUUUCCCGUCAACCGAUCCAAGCACGCGUUGUACUCCGACCUGCAGACGCCGGGCCGCUACGGCCGCGUCAUCAUCACCGCCCGCAAGGGCAGCGUGCUGGAGCCGCUCCACCUGGACACCAUCCUGAAGCUCCACAGGUGGAUCUACCAGAUGCAGGUGACGGUUCCGGCCACCGGCUUCAGCAGCUUCAACUACUCCUUCUCCUACCUCUGUCUUCCUGACGACAAGAACAUCUGCAUCAUCGAUGACAUCAUCCGUGCCAUGGAGGAGAUCCAAUCAGCUCGCUCCGCCAACCGCACCAUGCCAACCCUGCGGUAUCCAAUCACGCAGCUGGCCGACGGCAGACAGGCUUACAUCGGCCACCAGCUGGGAGGGGUGCAGGGGUGGGGGCCCGGGGGUGCGGUCCGGGGCCCAGGGGCAGGGGGGAAGGGAGAUGGGGUGCGUUCGGCGCGGGCAUUACAGCUGACCUACUACCUCCAAGCCCGCGGGGGUUUGAUGGACCGGGUGGCCAACCAGUGGGAACAGGCCUUCUGUGCUGAGUUACAGCGCUUUGCUGCGGGGCACCCCAAGCUGGCCCUUUACCCAUCCACCUCUUCCUCUCUGAGGACAGACUUCCAGUUCUCCUCUGUACUAGCCCGUCGCCCCCUUUUGGCUAGCUUGGGGGUGUGCAGCGUGUUGGCUGUGUUAUGCUGCUCCAUGAGAGACUGUGUUAGGUCCAAACCGUGGCUGGGCCUCCUCGCCCUGCUGUCCAUCACACUGUCCGGCCUGACCGCCGCUGGCAUGCUCAACCUUACUGGAGCCACCUACAACUCCACAUACCUGGGAAUCCCCUUCAUCAUGCUGGGUCACGGGCUGUUCGGCUCGUUCGAGAUGCUUUCGUCAUGGCGAAGGACACGCGAGGACCAGCACGUGAAGGAGCGCGUGGCAACUGUGUUCGAGGACGUGAUGCUUCGCUUCUCGGGCUCCACGAUGCUCCACCUGAUGACGCUGGGCCUGGCCGCCUCGCCGCUCACCAACAUGGAGGCCGUGCGGCUCUUCUGCCGCACCGCCGCGCUGGCCGUGAUUGUCGGCUAUGUGUACGCGCUGUCCUUCUACAGCUCCUGCCUCGUGUUCACCGGUUACCUAGAGAACGGCUACCGGCACAGCUGCUUCUGUCGCCGGGUUCCCAAACCAGACAGGCUGGACUCCAAGCCGGCCUGGUACAGAUGUCUCAUGUACACCCGCUACCAGGACGAGACGCACACACACGCAACCAACUCGCCCCCGGACCCUUACCCUCAAGACUCUCAUCUCUUGCUGGGAUGUGUGAGGCGUUGCUAUGGAGACUGGAUUACGAACACCUACGUCAAGCCGUUUGUGGUGCUGCUGUACCUGGUCUACAUCUCCUUUGGCCUGAUGGGCUUCCUACAGGUGACGCAGGGUUCGGAUCCGAGUGCUCUGGUGGCCAUGGACACAGCGACAGUGUUGUACGCCCGCGCCCAACAGCGUUACUUUAGCUCCUACUCACCUGUCAUUGGAUUCUACAUCUACGAGAGUGCCCCCUACUGGAACACCUCGGUUCAGCGAGACCUGCUGGAGUACGCCAAAGGAUUUCAGCGAAUCAGCUGGCUCGAGUCCUACCUGAACUACCUGACGGACCGCAACCAGUCCACUAGCCAACCUCGCGAGAAUUUCACCCACACGCUCCGCCACUCCUUCCUCCGCGAGCCCCAGUUCGCCCACUUCACCGAUGACAUCAUAUUCGCCGAGCGCGGACAGGGAGAGGAGCCUGACGUGGCGGCAUCCCGCGUCUUCCUGGUCGCCAAGACGACGGAGAACAAGCGGGAGGAGAUGUCUGUGCUGCUGGAUACGCUAAGGCGGCUCUCGCUGACCUCUCGCGUGCGCUUCCUCAUUUUCAACCCUUCUUUUGUCUACCUGGACCGCUACGCCACGGCGGUUAGCUCCCCCCUCAGACACUCCCUGCUAGCGGUGCUCUUCCUGCUGGGCCUGUCCUCCCUGGCCCUGGUGGAGCCGCUGGUCUCCGUGUGGCUGGGUCUCACCUUGCUCUCCGUCCAGUUCGGCGUCCUGGGCUUCAUGACCCUGUGGGGCGUGGAGCUGGACUGCAUGUCCGUCCUGUGCCUGAUCUCGGCCCUCGGCCACUCGGCAGACUGCAGCGGUCCCCUGCUGUGUGGAUUCGUCUCGGGCCGGGGUGACAGCAGGACUCGCUGGGUGAGAGUUGCCCUGGAAAGACACGGUGUGCCCUCCCUGCAGAUGCUCAUCUGCUACAGCGCCGCCCUGGUGCCUGUGGGCUCCAUUCGCUCGAACCUCACACGCACGCUGUUCCGCUGCCUCACCCUUACGGCCGGCUGCUCGGCACUGCACACGCUGGCCUUUCUGCCCACCCUCCUCACAUUUCUGCCCCCGUCUAAGGGUCGGGGCCACCGGCCUGGCGGGGAGGGCCUGAGACAGGAAGUGGAGUGUGUGGAGAUGAAUGACAGCACGCGAGUGGUCGAUCAGAUCACCACCGUCUGA